AGUCAAACAUGAAGAUACUGAGGAACAAACAGACCUAAUGGCACUUAAAGAGGAGAAAGAAGUACUCAAUGAAACUGAAAAAGAAGAUCAAUAUGAGAAUCUUCAAAAGACCGGAACUAGAAGUUUCGCUCAGCAGGGAACCCCUAAAGAUCAAACUGGGGAGAGUUUCUCUCAUAAAGUAAGUCUUGAGAGGCACAUAAAGAUUCACACGGGAGAAAAGCCUUUCAUAUGCCUUCAGUGUGGAAAAUGUUUCACUCUAAAAGAAAACUUCAAAAGGCAUGUGAGGUCUCACACUGAAGAGAAGCCUUACGCAUGCCAACAGUGUGGUGUGAGUUUUGCUCAACAUGGACACCUUGAAAUCCACAUGAAAUUUCAUACUGGGGAGAGCCCUUUUACUUGCCAACAUUGUGGAAAAUGUUUCGCUUGUAAAUCCAUUCUUGAGAGUCACUUAAGAAUUCACACUGGAGAAAAGCGUUUUGCAUGCCCUCAGUGUGGAAAAUGUUUCAAUCAACGAGGAAACCUUAAAGCCCACAUUAGAAUACACACUAGAACGAGUACCUUCAUCUGCCAACAGUGUGGAAAGAGUUUCACUCAUAUAGGAAGUCUUAACGGGCACGUGAGAACUCACACUGGAGAAAAACCUUUCACAUGCCAACAGUGUGGAGACAGUUUUGCUCACAAUGGAAACCUUAAACUCCACAUGAGAAUCCACACUGGAGAAAAGCCUUGCCGUGUGUAAUAAGUUAAACUCAAAUCCUUAACAGGCACAUGGGAAUUCACACUGGAGAGAGCUCAGUUACCUGCGUACAGUGUAGAAUUGUUUCAACAUUUGAAAUGUUUCAGCACUUCUACAUUUAAAACUCCAGCAUACAGAAUGUUAGAAUGUUAUUGAGCUGAACUGACUUAAACUAAAUAAUGACAAUAUUGGCUUUUUUGAGUGGCUUUACAACAUAAUCUAAAUUGUCUUCAUACUGUAGAGUUUCCAUGAUUCAUUCAGUUAUUUUAUUGUUUAUCUCUGUGAAGCUGCUUUGAUGCAAUCCAUAUUGUGUAAAGUUUUAUAGAAUAAAGGUGGCUUGACAUAAGAGUUCACACUGGAGUGAAUUAUUUCA